UCUAAGUGGUGAGGAGUGGAACUGUCACUCGGUUGUACAUCUAACACCAUGGUUGACCUGCGUAGCGGUAAGAGCACCACCCCGUACACUAAGGCUCAAGAAGAGCAAGUCGCCGCCGUCCUGAAAGAGAGAAAAGAGAAGAAGGCCAAGAAGUUGAUUAAGCAGGCCAAGAAGUUGGCCUUACUGGAGGAGCAGGGGGCGAAGAAAAAAAAGUUGCAGGAGGAGAUGGAGAAGCUGCAAAGAGAAGAAGAAGAAAAGCUAAAGGGAGUAGAAGAAGAAGAAGUGGAGGAGGAAGUAGAGGUAGAAGUCCCUUUAGUCAGAACGGUCACAAGAGAGAGAGGGGAGACUAGUGGCAGAAAGAAGGAGGACCCAUGGAUGGAGAGGAAGAUUCCAGAGUUGGUUGCUAAUCUGUCCCUCGGGGAAGACGAAGAAGCGAUGCUAUAUGUCUCCAGGGCAGAACAGGAGGCGAUAAUUCAGGAGUUAGAAGCAGAAGAGGAUCCUUUAAAACGUCAGACCAUAGAGGAGGAUAAGAAGUUGGAGUGGAAGUUGCGUUGACCAGGGAGAAGAAAAGAAUGGAGGAGGUGAGUAAGGCAGUAAACGAGUUGGAGGUAG